CCUAUUUGUAAACCAUGCAGCAAGAUCAGGGCGGUGUUACUUUCAUGAACAUGGGUAGUUCGGAUGCUUUCGGAAGCGAGAUGUCGGCUCAGCAAGUGACCUCUAGUCAGAAAGUUCAUAUCCUUCCAUUGAGUAUUCGCUUUGGUUCCUUUAUCUGAACAUAUUCGUAUUCAGCAGCGAAAUGGACGCAAGAGUAUUACCACCGUUCAAGGUUUGGCUGAAGAUCUGAACCUUAAGUUGAUUUUGAAGACGUGGAAGAAGAGCUUUACUUGCAACGGUGCGAUUGUCAAUGACGAGGAGCACGGAAAAGUAAUUCAGCUCCAGGGAGAUCAGCGUGAAAACGUCCGUGAUUUCCUUGUAAGCGAGGAAAUUAUCGGAAAAGAUGAUAUUGUGGUGCAUGGUUUCUAAUUCGUUGU